AUGUCUGGAAUCAUUCACAAAGUCAAGGACACAAUUGCCCAGCACAAGGAGAACAAGGCGGAGGAGAAAGCUGAGAACACUGCUGAGCACCACACCGGCACCCAUGACAACGCCUAUGAUUCCACCAAGUCUUCCAACCACGGUCCCCAUGAUAGCAAAAUCGCCAACGAGGCCGACCCUCGUAUCGAUAGCGACCGGUCAAACUUGACCAGUUCAACUACUGGCAAUUACGGACCCCAUGACAGCAAGAUGGCGAAUAAGGCCGACCCUCGCGUUGAUAGCGACCGGUCUAACUUGACCAGCUCAACUACUGGCAACUACGGGGCCGGCUCAACUACUACUGGCAGCUAUGGUACCGGCUCAACUACUGGCAACUACGGACCCCAUGACAGCAAGAUGGCGAACAAGGCCGACCCUCGCGUUGAUAGCGACCGGUCUAACUUGACCAGCUCAACUACUGGCAACUACGGGACCGGCUCAACUACUACUGGCAACUAUGGUACCGGCUCAACUACUGGCAACUACGGACCCCAUGGCAGCGGCAUGGCGAAUAAGGCCGACCCUCGUGUUGAUAGCGAUCUGGAUGGUCGUGCGGCCCACCACACCUCUACUGCCACCCCAGCUGCUACAGGCGCGGGCGCUGGCUACGGCUCCACUGGCACUGGCUACGGCUCUACUGGCGCUGGUUACGGCUCUACCGGCAUUAACCACGGCACCACCAACACUUAUGACUCUGCCCGCUCCUCAAACUAUGGUCCUCACGACAGCAACAUGGGCAACGCCGUCGACCCUCGUGUCGAUAGCGACCUAGACAGCCGUGGUGCCCGCAAUACUUCGACUGGUUUCGGUUCAACUGGACCCACUGCCGCUGGGGCUGGCUACAGCACGACCGGCAACAGCUAUGGCACCGGCCGCACCGCCAAUACCUACGAUUCCGUUGGAUCCUCCAACCAUGGCCCUCAUGACAGCAACAUGGGCAACGCUGUCGACCCUCGUGUAGACAGUGAUCGUGACGGCCGUGCCGCUCACCACAGCACUUCCUCUGGUCAUGGGGCUGGCUACGCUGCUACAGGCGCCGCUGUCGGUGCUGGCGCUGGUUAUGCUGGUUCCCACCACCACUCCUCAACUCACCCUUCCACCGGUCCUGCCACCUCGACUUCUGGUCCUCACUCUAACAACCUAGAGAAUAAGAUGGAUCCCCGCGUUGACAGCGACACUCCCAACGACCGUUACUCCACUUCCACUGGUCCUGCCUCCUCAACCGCUGGUCCCCACAAGAGCAACGCUGCCAAUGAGGCCGAUCCUCGUGUCGACAGCGACCGCAGCAAUGCUACUUUCGUUGGUGGUGACUCCCGGUUUGAUAACGAUGUUCACAAGGGCAGCCUUGGUGGUGGAGGCGUGAUGCACAUGUCCGGUAACAAGGCUCCGACUACUACUCAGACCUUUGAGAAGUCCCAAAAUGAGGAUGCAGGUGCUGGUGCUACCGCCGGUAGCAGCUACAAUGCUCAGAAGACGGCUGGUCCUCACAGCAGUGAUGUUGCCAACAAGCUUGACCCCCGCGUCGACUCGGACCUUGAUGGAUCUAAGACUCUUGGCUCUGGCUCUCAACGUGUUUAA